CUGCCCAUGCCUCUAAAAUAAGCUGUGAGGAAGUGAUUUUUUGAUUGGAUUGGACCCUACAGGCCAUGUGAUCCCUACAGAUAUUUAAUUUGACUGCGAUCAAGUGGCUAUUUUGAGGUUCAAAAUUAUGACUAAAGUCAUUUUCUAAUUUCUUGUCUGUUUCUGACCCACUGGAUAUCAAUCGAGCAGUAACUUUGGAGGACAGUAGGAGUGACUGUGAUGCUCUCCUCAUUGAGUGGAGAAAGAUACGCGUUAAAACUAGGAGGCAGAGACGAUGGUGCUCUGUGGCCAGUUAGUUUUCUGCCUCGGGAGGAUAGAGUGGUUCUACCCGUAACCGAAGAGAAGAGUUGAAGGAAGCCUGAGGAGAGAUAUGCAGUAGUUUGGCUAAAGGACUGGGAGAUCUUGAAGAGAAGGACAGUUGGAAAUCAACAUUUAUUGGGAACACUUGUAAACAAGGAAACUCACCGUUCAAUUCCAGGUGUCACUGAGUCAGAUUUGGACAGAGCUGUGCACUUCCUGUGAGACUGGUCAGUUUUGUAUGAGCUGGAGUAAUAGUGUGAAGUCACGUGGCUGUGCCCCACUGAGGCAUGAGUGUGGGACGGGCCCACCACCACAGCUUCGUGUCCGGUGAAGAAGAAGGCCUAAGACUAAGUACCAUGCCUGCUGUGGGCAGCUUCGGCAAUGGCAAGAUUCACACAAGGCGCAAAUACCACAGCCGGUUUGUCAGCAAGGCUGGCCAAUGCAACAUCCAUUUCUCAAACAUGGACGAGAAGUCACAGCGGUACAUCUCUGACAUUUUCACAACUUGUGUGGACAUCCGCUGGCGAUACAUGUUUCUGCUAUUCAGCCUGGUGUUUGUGGUGUCCUGGCUAACAUUCGGCCUGGCCUUCUGGGUCAUUGGCCUCCUACACGGUGACUUGGACCACGCUGGGGAUGACAAUUUUAUUCCCUGUGUCACGCAGGUCAACACCUUUGUGGCAGCUUUCUUGUUCUCUAUUGAGACCCAGACAACCAUUGGGUAUGGAGCUCGCUAUGUGACAGAGGAAUGCCCGGCUGCGGUCUUCAUGGUGGUCUUCCAGUCCAUCAUGGGCUGUAUCAUCGAUGCCUUCAUGAUUGGUGCCAUCAUGGCCAAGAUGGCACGGCCUAAAAAGCGUGCAGAGACUCUACUGUUCAGCCACAACGCAGUAAUUGCUUUGCGCGAUGGUAAGUUGUGCCUCAUGUUCAGGGUUGCCAAUCUGAGGAAAAGCCACAUUGUGGAAGCUCACGUGCGAGCCCAGCUCGUCAAGUCCCGUUACACAGAGGAAGGUGAAUAUAUCCCGCUGGAUCAGAUUGACAUGAACGUAGGCUAUGACAAAGGCACAGACCGCCUGUUUCUGGUUGCACCCCUCACUGUCAUACAUGAAAUUGAUGAAGAAAGCCCACUGUUUGGCAUCAGUAAGCAAGAUCUUGAAACAUCUGACUUUGAGAUAGUAAUUAUCCUUGAAGGGCUGGUAGAAGCCACAGCUAUGACGACGCAAGCACGCAGCUCAUACCUGCCCUCGGAGAUCCUGUGGGGUCACCGCUUUGAGCCUGUCAUCUUUGAGGAGAAGAGCCAGUACAGGAUAGAUUAUGCCUACUUUCACAAAACAUUCGAAGUACCAUCCACCCCCAGAUGCAGUGCUAAGGACAUGGAGGAGAGAAAAUUCCCAACAUCUGGCGCCAACUCCUUCUGCUACGAGAACGAGCUGGCCUUCAUCAGCAGGGACGAGGAGGAGGAAGAGGGAAAUGAGGAGAAAGACGGGAAGUGUUCAUCGGAGCUAGUUAAUCAGCAGGCCACUCCUGGACGUGAUCAAAUGUCCUCCUGUAGGGAAUCAGUGAUGUAACCUUUGGCUGUUGCUUGUUUUGCUGGUUUUGCAAGCGUCACGUGAAGAGCCCUAUGACUGUCAUUCUACUGACAUGAGGAUACCACUGGAGACAUUUCUGCUGCAGCUGGAGAAACACUUCUGAUCUCUGUCAUAAAAAGCAUGAAUGAAACUCAUCACAUUUCUUACUAACUUUUGCUGCUUCCAUUAAAUGGUUAUUGAGCUUUAUCAAAUGCAAACAAAACUGUCAUAUUUCAAUUUGCAGAUGACCCUAGAGAUAAAGUGCAUGACAUUAGCAUAGUUUUGUAUGAAUAUUUUGAGAGUUUCAUAGUUUUGAUCAGACUAUCUGCAAGUGCUGUUCACAGUCCUCUAAUAUACAAUGUACACCUGAGUGUGGAGUGGAAUUGACACUUUGCAGAUUAUGUUCAGAAAACUAAAACUUGGAGAUAUUUCUCCAUAAUAAUCUGGUAUAAACAGAGGUUUAGUUCAACAGUGAAUUUCCAUCUUAAUGGAAUAACUCAUGUGAACGAUAUGACUAAAUAUUUUACAUCAUACAAUGUAAGUCGAAGACUUUAGUUUGGUUAGUUACAUAACUACGAAAAUCAUACAUCAUAUGGACUGCAUGGAACUGUGUGUGGGAGACCUAUGACUUGGUAGAGUUAUAAACAUAUCCAUCAAGUAAAGGGAAAUUAAUGUAAUAUUUCAUUUAUGCAUAACAACAGGGAAAACUAAUCUUCUCAGUCUAAACAUAUACCUGAGACCAUGCUAAGUAUGCAAUUUCUUUCUCACCAGCUUACCAGUAAAGAUAUUGUUGGUGCUUUACCAUUUUUAUGCAUACUCCAAAUUUGUGCAUAAAGUCAGCUGAAUGGACACACCAAAAAUAUUAAAGAAACCCUGAGUUUUGCAAAAUAUAAAAAAAGGUUUUGCCCUUGGCUUAGUUGGAAAAGCUGUAUCAGUUAAAGCAAAAUGCAACAAAGCGCCAUGCAAAAAGACUUCAUGAUCAUGACGUACACAGGCCCACAUGAAGUUAACAAGUCUAGAAAAGCUUCCAUUUCAAUAAAGAUGAUGAUGAGAUGAUGAGACUUUAACGCUCACCUAUAUGCCAUGCUAUCAUGUCUUCUACAUUGUUUUACAACGAGGUUUGACUAGCACUUAUUUAUUUACACCACUUAAGUCUGCCCAGUCUGCAAGUUUGCAGUGGUUUGAUGACACCUGACUGAGGAAUGAAUGCAAACUAUUCAUCUUUAGGCUUUUAAAUUCCUUAUUAGUGUGGCAGUAGUGGAUGGAAAUGCAGAUUACAUUGCAUGUUAUUUUGCAGAUUUUCUGUGAAUCACGGAAGACUUGGAUCAGAACCUGGCAAGUGUGGUUAACAGUGAUGGAAAUGUAACAGCUCUUGGUUACUGUUACGCUAUGCCUACCAAACUCUCUGUUCUCCCAUAGCAUAUAUGCACUUUAGAGAGAUAAUGGAGUCAGAUUUCCUGGGAUGGGUCCUUGUUUUUACUCAGUCAUGACCUAGACAAAAGCAGGUUUACAAUUUUUCAUAGACAACCAUCUCUCUUUCAGCAGACACAUCAGCUGUCACUGCCAGAUUUGAUAAUUAAGCUAAUGUUUGCAUCACAAGUUGGUUGUAAAGAGCAUCUCCAGAUAACUUUUUGAUGUAGACCAAAGCUAACAGCCCUUCACCUAAGGGACCUCAUCAGUCGAUGACAGAAAAACCUGGUAAAAAAAAAGAAAAAAAAGAAACAGAGUAGCUAUUGUGCUGCAGAGGACAUAGGUUAUCUUUGCUUGUUUUGUAUAUCUCAGGACCGAGCUACUGAAAAUAAGACAGAUUUAUAUUUUUCUCAUUUUCUCAUUCCCGUUUAGGUUUAGAAGUAACAAUGCCAUCUCAAAAGGUUGCCAGAUUUUAAAUCAAACCAGAUCAAAUGACAGAGCUGCAAAUACUAGCCUACACUCUCAUAUGGUAGCAUCCAGGACCAGUUUCCUCACAGUGAGGGAAGUAUUAUACAGUGGAUGUUCUAGUUGUGACCAACGCUCUUAAGCAAUGACAUAACCUGUGACCCGACAUAAAAUAUUGUAGUCUGAAAUACUGCUGGGCUCAGAGGUAACACUGGGUUAGGUCACUUUAGGUAAAGCUAGCACAACAGGCAUGUUUGCAGCUUACUUUAGAGCCGACAACUACAUCGCUCUUACACACUUGCUCUUGUAUUUUUAGUUUCUUUUGGAGAGGCUAAAACAAAAAUACUGGCACCCUCCACAGUUAUUAAAUGUAGAACAUUUGAAGAAAUCCAAAGCUUCAUGUGCCAACUGCGAUACGGCUGCAAAAUUGAUGGAAGGGCAUAGGGUUUAGCUGAUGAUUCAUUUUCUUUCUAUAAAUAUGCUGCUGCAGGUUAUCCUGACCCGCGUGAAUCAACAAAUUACAAAAUUAGAAAUAACCAAAGAAAAAUAACACACCUCAAAGAUUAGCCCUGUCCGUAGCCCAGAGAAUCUAGCUGAGUCUAAUGGAAGUGAUCUGAAAUGAAACCCUGUCACGUGCACGUGCUCUGUAUAAGGUUAAAAGGUUAAAAUAGUGAA